AUGAAAAUGAUUGAUGAUGAAAACAGAAAACAAAAUGAAGUAAAAUUUUUAAAAGAAAAUAGGAAAAAUAAAGAAAGAAAAUCAAUACAACAAGAUAAUCAACUUAAUAGAAAUGUUUAUAAUUUCAAAAUUGGUGGAAACGUUGAAGGUUCUAAUAUUGUAAAUGGAAAUAUUAAUAAUUUUCCUAAAGAAAAAAAUUUCAGAGACAAUGGCGAAAUAGAGGAAAAAACAUCAUUAGAAAAUUUUGAAAAUCAAGUGAAUGAAAUAAAAAGAUUCAAAAAAAAGAUUUUUAAAUUAUUUUGA